AUGCACAAGCUACUCACAUCUCGCACACAUGCCCAACAACGCGACACACGUACGACGGCUAAUUUUAACGUGCUAAUGGUUGAGUGUUGCUUAACAAACGUUCCUUGGGAUUGUCGUAUCACACAGAGCACGACGGAUAUCAUUUCGCGCCAGCUGAGCUCGCGAGUGUCCAUCAUGGCACAGACGCUCUUUCUUCGGGGUGUGGUGCGGGACUCUAUUAUCACCUUAGCAACCAACACGAUGUUUGAUAUUGUCGCGUACGUAUGGGGUGCAAUCGGGCGGGCUUUCUCCCGACACUGCAUGGUGACAGCACACUUUGACAGCACAAAUGAGGCGUACGAAUGGGUCAUGGAUUGGUUCACAGAACAGUCUUAUGCAAAGAGAACUACGGAUGUGUGUGUAGGGAUCGAGUCACAGCGAUUAGAAUCGGGAUUUGGUGUUGUGGCCAAACCCAAAUACGAACCAGGACCAGGUCUACACGUGCUUACCUACAAGGGCAGACUGCUGCUUGUCAAUAGGUCAGACGUCGCUGUCAAUACCAGCGGGACUAGACAGAGCAGCAUCACUUUGCGGAUAAUGGGAACAUCACGCUCGAUAAUCGAGCAGCUUGUGGAGGAAGCGCGCACACAGGCACAGACUAAGUCUCAAGGCAAGACAGCUGUGUUUCUGGGUGACCAAUAUGGUUCGUGGAACAGGGUAGCCACGCGCGCCAAACGGCCACUCAGUUCGGUACUUCUGGCGAGAGGUUUGGCUGACGGUCUGUAUCAGGAUGCACGCGAAUUCAUGCACAGCGAGGAGUGGUACAGAGACAGGGGUAUCCCGUACAGGAGAGGCUACCUGCUGUACGGGCCGCCUGGGAACGGAAAAUCGUCCAUAGUCAUGGCACUGGCUGGAGCAUUGGACCUGAACAUCUACGUGGUCAACAUCUCAGCCCCAUCUCUGACUGAUGAGCUUCUCAGCGACCUCCUGUGCGGAUCCGCACCUGAUAGGUGUAUUCUAUUAUUAGAAGACGUGGACCACGCCUUCAACGCAGCCGCCGACGGAAGUACCGAUGAGUCCACCAAUGUCAAGAGCUCAAGCGUGACCUUCAGUGGCCUGCUUAACGCUAUUGACGGUGUUGCAGCACAGGAAGGGCGGCUUCUCAUUCUGACGACCAAUAACCCGGAGAAGCUGGCACCUGCCCUUAUUAGGCCUGGGCGCAUAGAUCUGCGCUGCUACCUACCAUAUGCAACACCAAGUAUGAUGUACCGGAUGUUCGAGAACUUCUACAGCGGACAGGAAGGUGUUCAGAAUAUGGCGCGUGAGUUUGUGCGGGGUGUGAUGGCUGCGAUUUUAACUUUGGGGCCGAAUGAGUGUCCGAAAAACCGGUGUAAAUGGGAUACAUUGUCGGUUGAGCCUUGGUUUGGCGAACACGUUCUCUCACCCAGUGUUGGGGACUCGGAGUGGGCUGCGAAUGUGUGCCAAGGCGACUGCAUGAACCAACACCUUCCCAUGGCUCUUAUUCAGGGGUUUUUGAUGAAAUACAAGACAUCUCCUCGCGAUGCAAUUGACAACUGCUCUGAUUUUGUCAAGGACGACAAACAUCAAACGGCUGCUUCGUUGACUGACACACACUCGGCUGUCCUGUGAGGGUUUACGUCGACGAUUAAAUGAUUGGCACCACUUGCCCAACGUC